AUGUGGUACCUGCUCAUAGUAUUUAUCUUCACAGUACAUGGAACCCAUGGUUGUGUGAUGACCAGUCCAGACCAGAAGGUUAAUGUUGGGACAGAUGCCCAUUUGUCGUGUAAUUUCUGUCAAUGUCCUGGACCUCUGGAUGUCAUGUCUCUUAGCGUGGAGUGGGAAUUCAAGGAUAUCUCCUCUGAGCCAAAAAUAAUCCUCUACUACAUCAGAAAUCGAACUGUACCACUCCCUGGUGUAUUUUUUCAGGGAGAUGUCAAAUUAGGAAGUUUUGAUAUGCAUCUCUCAUCCGUGACCCAUGAGAACAAUGGGACGUAUUUGUGUAGAUUGCGUCUCAAUGGCAGUUUUCACACGAAUCAAACACACCUCAUUGUGCAAUCAGUACUGACCAGGAAAAACAGUCCAGGUGUGAAUCGUCUGCAGGCACAUCCUCCCUGGUGGCUGCCCCUGGCGUCAGUGUCUGGGUUUGUGUUACUAAUUGGAACCGUGUUUUUGGGGAGGAAGGCUUGCAGAUCAACCCAAAGAGAAAACAACUCAAAGCAAAAAAUAGAAGAGGUUAAAACCAACACUGACAAUGAAGACAAGAGAAUGGCAUACAAGGUGGGAUACAGCUCUAUGCCUGAUCUGGCAGACGUGAACAGUCCUCCCAGCAGUCCAGAUAACAUCUAUGUUACCAUGCAUGGUUUCCCAUUUGCACCAGAUACUCCUGUCACAGCUGGACGCAGCAGACGUCUUCCCUCUGACUGGGAGCCGAAGGAUGAGGAUCCCAUAUAUGUCCACUGCCACCAAGAUUUAUCAAUCAGAUCAUGUCGCUUAAAAGAUGAGACACAAAAUAACUGAUUAUUUAAAUGAAUGAGAGUAAAAGUCAUCUGUAUUGUCAGAUAUGUAUAAUAUAGUCCCCCACAGGCCUGUUUACAUUUCUUGUUUCUUCAGUACUCACCAACUGAGUAUACAUUAUCCCUCAUGAUAAAUCUGUGUUCAUCU